AUGAAGCCGUUCUUACUUGCAAUUGCACUUUCUUUGUCGUCAACAGCGUUGGCGGCAGUGAGAGACAUUGAAUUGUAUGCAAUUUCAGACGAUAAAGACAUAAAUGGCCAAAAUGUCUACGUUGCUCACACCGGUAGAGGUGUGCACGGUUUCUACUUGAGUACUGAAGCACAAAGACUACAAUUUGACGACAAAAAGAAAACAUUGUUGGUUGAAAAGAGCUUGACUCACGAAAACAAAGCACAUGGCAGCUCCUUGGGCGAGGUUCUCAACAUCGCAGUAGGUUCUGGCCCACUCAUUGUUGAAUUUGAACAAGACGGUACUUUGUUGUUGGAUAAACAAAACUUAUUUGAAUACGUCAAGAACACCAAACAAAAUCACUACGGUUUUAAGAGAGACACUAUUGACAGUUUUGCAUCAAAGAUGAAAAUAGGCGCAAGAUUUGCCAAACGUCAAAUUAGAAAACGUGCAGAAGGAGAUGGUACAACACCACCAGCAGAAGGAGAUGGUACCACUGAUGAAUUUAUAGAUGAAGGAGAUGAUACUAUUGAUGAUGGUACAGGUGGUGGAGGUGACGAUGGCACAGGUGGUGGUGGUGACGAUGGUACAGGUGGUGGUGGUGACGAUGGUACAGGUGGUGGUGGAGAUGACGGAACUGGCGGUGGUGGUGACGAUGGAACUGGAGGUGGUGGAGAUGACGGAACUGGUGGUGGUGGUGACGAUGGUACUGGAGGAGGUGGUGAUGACGGAACUGGAGGAGGUGGUGAUGACGGAACUGGAGGAGGUGGUGACGAUGGUACUGGAGGUGGUGGAGAUGAUGGUACUGGUGGUGGUGGAGAUGACGGUACUGGCGGUGGUGGAGAUGACGGAACUGGUGGUGGUGACGAUGGCACUGGUGGUGGUGGUGACGAUGGUACAGGUGGUGGUGGUGACGAUGGUACAGGUGGUGGUGGUGACGAUGGUACAGGUGGUGGUGGAGAUGACGGAACUGGCGGUGGUGGUGACGAUGGAACUGGAGGUGGUGGAGAUGACGGAACUGGUGGUGGUGGUGACGAUGGUACUGGAGGAGGUGGUGAUGACGGAACUGGAGGAGGUGGUGAUGACGGAACUGGAGGAGGUGGUGACGAUGGUACUGGAGGUGGUGGAGAUGAUGGUACUGGUGGUGGUGGAGAUGACGGUACUGGCGGUGGUGGAGAUGACGGAACUGGUGGUGGUGACGAUGGUACAGGUGGUGGUGGUGACGAUGGUACAGGUGGUGGUGGUGACGAUGGUACAGGUGGUGGUGGUGAUGAUGGUACUGGUGGAGGUGGUGACGAUGGCACUGGAGGAGGUGGUGAUGAUGGUACAGGUGGAGGUGGUGACGAUGGCACUGGUGGAGGUGGUGAUGAUGGUACUGGCGGUGGAGGAGAUGACGGAACUGGCGGUGGUGGUGACGAUGGAACUGGUGGUGGUGGUGAUGACGGAACUGGAGGUGGUGGAGAUGAUGGUACUGGAGGAGGUGGUGAUGAUGGUACUGGCGGUGGUGGUGACGAUGGUACUGGAGGAGGUGGAGAUGAUGGUACUGGAGGAGGUGGUGAUGAUGGUACUGGCGGUGGUGGUGACGAUGGUACUGGAGGAGGUGGUGAUGACGGAACUGGAGGUGGUGGUGAUGACGGAACUGGAGGUGGUGGUGACGAUGGUACUGGCGGCACAGGUAAUACAGGAGGUACUGGUGGCACAGGUAACACUGGCGGCACAGGAGGUACCGGCGGCACAGGUAACACUGGCGGCACAGGAGGUACAGGUGGUUCAGGUAACAAUGGUGGAACUGUUGGAGGUGGCAAUAAUGGUGGUUCCAAGACUACAACCACUACUAGUCCUCGUGGAGGAGCAAGUAGUACCACCAAAUCCUCUUCCACAUCAAAAACCAGUAGUAAGACAGGUACCGCACUGGCUACAAGUAUCGAAGGUGUUGGUGCCACCUAUGGUGGAUAUGCUUCAGUCCUCGCACUUGCCCUUGCUGCCGUUGGUUUUGUUAUGUAA